AUAAAACCAGCAGAAGAAGCUAAUUCUUCAGGCGGAAGUUGUUUUGAUUGCGGAAGUGUACAGAUGCUGUAGACGGAGCCUAAUUUAAUAGCAUUUUUCAUGUAGCUGUAUGUAGGCCUCUGAGGGUUUCAGUUGAGGAUCACAGCUCCAUCAGGUCGAGCUGUCGUGAUGGCUGACCACACUGACGUCAGCCUGCUACCGGAGGAGCGAGUCCGGGCUCUGACCAAGAAGGGAAGCUCAGUGGAAGUUAAUGAAGAUGUGCCCCCGCGCCGCUACUUCCGCUCUGGCAUGGAGAUGAUCCGCAUGGCUCAUGUCUACACGGAGGAGGGCAACAUCGAGCACGCCUUCGUCCUUUACAAUAAAUAUAUCACGCUCUUUAUAGAAAAACUUCCCAAACAUCGGGAUUACAAGACAGCUAACAUUCCUGAGAAGAAGGACACACUAAAGAAACUGAAGGAAAUAGCAUUUCCUCAAGCAGAGAUUCUGAAAAAAGCACUUUUGAAGAGAUUUGAUCAAGAGUAUGCACAGUAUCUUGCCAAAAAGAAAGCGGAGGAGGAUGCCUUGGCGCGGGAGCAGUCCAAGCAGCGAGCGCUGGACGCGGAGCGGGAGCGCGUGGCCGAGAUGCAGCGGCGGCAGCGGGAGCAGGAACAGUUCAGUGCCUUUGAGGAGAUGAUCCGCCGCCAGGAGCUGGAAAAGGAACGCCAGCGCGUACUCCUGGAGUUCGCCACACCUGCCAAGCCUUCUGCUGACACGCCCCUCCUUCCAGGUAUCCAGGGCCCCUCGCCGGUCCCCCCCACCGCCCCACAGAGCCCAGGGGACCUAUCAGGCAGCAACAACCACCGACACAAUUGCCCUCCUGCAACCAUCGGCGCACCUGCAACCAGCCUGCCCACCUUCGACCGGUCGCUCAAGCCCGGGUCUCUGGUCAGCCCAGGGAACAACAACACAAUGGUGGAUGCCCUUCGGCAGCUGGCUGUUCCUGCUGAGCUGUGCCGGAGCUUUCUGAGGUUGGCCGAGGCCAACACAAGCCGAGCUGUAGAAACUUGUGGCAUCCUGUGUGGCAAACUGACCAGAAAUGCGUUUACUGUGACUCACGUCAUCGUACCAAAGCAGUGUGGUGGACCGGACUAUUGUGACACAGAAAAUGAGGAGGAACUCUUCCUCAUACAGGACCAGUAUGAUCUUAUCACCCUCGGCUGGAUACACACUCACCCCACACAGACGGCCUUUCUGUCCAGCGUUGACCUCCACACACACUGCUCCUACCAGAUGAUGCUGCCAGAGGCCAUCGCUAUCGUCUGCUCGCCUAAGUUCAACGAAAUCGGCUACUUCAGGUUGACUGAUCGAGGAACAGAGGAGAUCUCCACAUGUAAGCAGAAGGGCUUUCACCCUCACAGCAAAGAGCCGCCUCUAUUUACACACGCGGGACAUGUCACCAUCACCAACGACACGGUCUCCGUGAUGGAUUUGCGAUGAUUUUCUUUGGAAUCUUUUCAUCUUUUUUCACAAGAACACUCAUAGACUGUUUUAUCAGACUGCAGACAUUGUACUGGAGAAAACACUCAUUUUAUUUUCAGGACGGUACUGCGCAAAAUGCAGGCCACAAGUUUACCAUUCACAUGGACUUCAGUUGUUCUCAAAGGGAACAACAUUGUGAACUUUUUUUUUUUUUUUUUUUUCUUUAAUUCAAAUUCCACAUAUUAUUGCACUUUCCAAGCAAACAACAACUUCUAUCUGCUUAAUGGACUGGCAAACCUCUGACUCUCCAACCCCUCUGUUUUUGUCAGUAUGUGCUUUACUUCCUUUCUUUUGUUUCAGCCAUUAAUAAAAAUGUAUGUAUCUAUGUCAGUGACA